CUUUACCUCCAUUUUAAUCAUUAAAGCGGUUCAGGCUCCAGCUCUGCAAAACAAAUCAGAAUGGAGCUGUUGACCAACCUCUACCUCCUCCUCGUCCUCUCAUUCGCCAUGUGUCGAGGUCAAAGGUCGUCCUGCGAUCGCUGCGACCCUCGACUCGCCUGCAACUGCUCCCACGCAGGAUACACGCUUGUUCCCACGGUAACAGACCGUGCCCUGACGUUUGACCUUUCCUUCAACGACAUCGCCGUGGUGACCGGCGGCGACCUGACGGGACACGAGAAACUGCGGAUUCUGAUUCUACACCGUAACAGACUGUCUGAGAUCCACCCGUCAGCGUUUGACUCUCUGUGGAGUCUGGAGCGGCUCGAUCUGUCCGACAACCAGCUGACUGCCAUCAACCGCAGAUGGUUCAGUAAGCUAGGAGCUCUGCAGGAACUCAACCUGCUCCUCAACCCGUACAGCUGUCUGGGAACUCGUCCAGUGUUGCAGAGGCUGGUGAGGCUGAGGAGGCUGAUGUUCGGAGGUCCUGCUCUGGAGGAACUGAGGAGAGAAGAUCUGUCUGGAGUCUCUCAGCUGGAGGAGCUCACUGUGCAGGCAAACAACCUGAGGAGGUACGAGUCCGGAGCGCUAGCUGGCGUUUGGCCAUUGGGUCGAGUCACUUUAAGCCUCCAUGGUCCAUUUCUAACAAACAUAGGUUUAGCUUCGGAUGUGAUCGGGGACGUGUCCUACCCUGAGACGCCUAUUAUUCUGAAAGACCUGCAUCUGAAUCAGUCCGUUCAGCCCUUCAGAGAGAUGGCCAGCCGGAGAGUCAGGAAAAUUACCUUCUGCAACCUUUCCGUGUCCGAUAAGGGCAUUGUUGACUUCCUUGAGGCGGUGGAUGGAGAGCCGAUCACCUCCCUGUUCAUGGACGGCGUCACGCUGAUCGGUGAGGGCAGGUGGGAGAAAGCCAGUUUGACCGAUCAUAAAAACAUCGAUGAGUUCUUCCUACGAAACGUUGUGGUGCUGAAUGUCUUUCAGUUCAGCUCGUUGCUGCAGCUGGGUUUUUUGCUGCAGUACCCCAGAAAGGUGUCCAUCAUAAACUCUCAGGUGUUUGUGAUGCCCUGUGCCACAACCUACUUGCUGCUGAACCUUCAAUACCUGGACCUGUCCGACAACCUGCUGACCGACCUGACACUGACUGAGACGCUGUGCAAUGGUGACGGCACGCUGAAGGACCUCCGAGUCUUAAACGUCAGCGGAAAUGCUCUGAAGUCUUUGUCCACGGUGAGCCGGCUGGUGACAAAUCUCUCCAAACUGACCCACCUGGACGUCAGCAGGAAUGGAUUCAUCUCCAUGCCCGGGGGCUGCUCCUGGCCUUCCACCCUGCGAUACCUCAACAUCUCCUGGGCCAAACUCACAACCAUCUCCCCCUGUCUACCCGAAACUCUGGAGGUUUUGGAUCUGAGCAACAACGAUCUAAAAGCCUUCAUUCUGAUCCUUCCUUCCCUGAGAGAGCUCCAUCUCUCUGGAAACAAGUUACUGAGCCUUCCCCCUGGAUGGAUGUUCCCAAACCUGCAAACACUGACCAUACAGUCAAACACCCUGAACAUGUUCACCCGUUCGGACCUCCAGGCAUACAGACGCCUCCAGGACCUCUGGGCGGGCCAAAACAAAUUUGUCUGCUCCUGCGACUUUGUCUACUUCCUCCAGUCGGCCAUUAAAGGAGGCGAAGAUGUGCAUUUAUCAGACGGAGAGGACGCCUACGUCUGCGAUUCCCCUCUCUACCUGCAGGGGGAGCCAGCGGGGCGGGUGAGGCUCUCUGUGGUUGUGUGCCGGCGGGUUUUGUUUGUGUCUGUGAGUUGUGUGGUGGCGUUGAUCAUUGGCGUCUUGGUGUGUGUCCUGCUGUGGCGCCUUCAUGCGUUCUGGUAUCUCAGGAUGAUGUGGGCGUGGCUAAAGGCCAAGAGAAGCUCCCGGCGGCGACAACCAAGAGAAGAGCUGCUAUCUUACGACGCCUUCGUGUCAUACAGCGAGAGAGAUGCUAGCUGGGUGGAAAACUUCUUGGUACCCGAGCUGGAGGAGCCGAGGGAGAAUGAUGGAGACUCUCUGAAUCCCCGACCUCUGACCCUGUGCCUCCACAAACGGGACUUCCUUCCCGGUCACUGGAUUGUGGACAACAUCAUGAGCGCCAUGGAGCGCAGCCGGCGGACCGUCUUCAUUCUGUCCGAGAACUUCGUCCAGUCCGAGUGGUGCCGCUACGAGCUCGACUUCUCCCACUUCCAGCUUUUCGAUGGGGAGACCGGCAGUGACGCGGCCAUCUUGAUCCUGCUCGAACCGCUGUCCAAGGACGACAUACCGAAACGCUUCUGCAAACUGCGCAAACUCAUGAGCUCCACCACCUACCUGGAGUGGCCUCGGGAGGAGGAACGAAGCGGGGAAUUCUGGAGGAAAGUCCGCAACGCUCUGAGAGACGAAGAAGAGGAGGAGGAGGGUUGAGAGGGAAAGACAUAAGUUCUGUACUUCCAUUUGCAUUUUAGAGUGCGUAAGUGUUGCCCAAUGAAAAGUAUGGCAAAAGCCCUAUGAAUACCCGCAUUGGUCACAACGGUUAAGGUGUACAUUUCUGAAACCGUCAAUCGGGUGAUCAUGCUUGAUUCUGCUGAGUUGCUUUAGAAAUGAUGAGUUUUUGUCACGUCCCAUUACAGAUACACCUUUUGGUCUUCACGUGAUCAACAAUCUGCAUCAAUCAGAUCAUUCUGGAAGAGCCAAGGGUUUGUUUGGCUCAAAUAUUACUUUGCAGGUGUUUGUUUUAAUGACAAUGAGAAAUAAAAAGGCUGUGAUAAUUCCAGAAAAUAUA